AAACAAAAACAAACACAAUAAUGAAAGAAGCACUUUCUGUUUUGUGUCUUGUACUUGUGGUUUCGGUUUUAGAAGCAGCAGUAACGAAACCAAAAUUUGAAGACUUCAUCGGAUGCCUUCGCUAUCGUACUAGUCCGGAGAAUCCAAUCACCGAUGCCAUCUCCAUCGCCGAUAACACCACCGCGUUCUUGUCCUCUUACGUAUCCUACACGAAAAACAAAAGGUUCUUGAGCCCUAAUUAUAAAAAACUACUAGCCAUAGUGGCCGCAAAACAUGCAUCUCAUGUUCAGGCCACGGUAGUAUGCGCAAAGUCCAAUGGUAUCCAGCUCCGUAUACGAAGCGGCGGUCAUGACUACGAAGGCCUUUCUUACAUGUCGUCUGUGCCAUUUGUUAUUCUCGAUAUGUACAAUCUGAGGUCUAUUACUGUUGACGUGUCAAGCAAGAAAGCGUGGGUUCAAGCUGGUGCGACCUUGGGGGAGCUCUACACAAAGGUCAAUGAUGUAAGCCAAACACUAGCUUUCCCGGCUGGCGUUUGCGCUACAGUAGGAGCUGGUGGGCACAUAAGUGGUGGAGGGUAUGGAAAUCUGAUGAGAAAAUACGGAAUCACUGUGGAUAAUGUCAUUGAUGCUCAAAUAGUUGAUGUCAACGGCAAGCUCUUGAAUCGACUUACCAUGGGAGAAGAUCUCUUUUGGGCGAUUCGUGGCGGUGGCGGUGGGAGUUUCGGAGUUAUCCUCUCUUGGAAAAUCAACCUUGUCGAGGUUCCAAAGAUCGUGACAGUAUUUAAGGUUAACAAAACAUUGGAACAAGGAGGCACUGAUGUUCUUUACAAGUGGCAGCUUGUCGCUAGCAAAUUCCCUGAAAGUCUUUUCGUGAGAGCAAUGCCUCAGGUCGCAAAUGGAACAAAACGCGGCGAGAGAACCAUCGCUGUUGUAUUCUAUGCUCAGUUUUUGGGUCGAACCGAUGAGCUAAUGGCGAUAAUGAACCAAAACUGGCCUGAACUAGGGCUAAAACGUGAAGAUUGUCAAGAAAUGAGCUGGCUUAACUCGACGUUGUUUUGGGCAGAUUAUCCAGCCGGUACACCGACGAGCAUUCUUCUAGAUAGACCGUCGAGUCCAGGAGAUUUUUUCAAGAGCAAAUCGGAUUACGUCAAAAAACCAAUCCCUAAAGAAGGACUGGAGAAGCUUUGGAAGACAAUGUUGAAAUUCAACAAUAAUAUUGUGUGGAUGCAAUUCAACCCAUACGGUGGAGUGAUGGACCGGAUUCCUGCAACCGCCACAGCGUUUCCUCACCGGAAAGGUAACUUGUUCAAGAUUCAAUACUUUACGACAUGGUUUAACGCAAACGCCACAGAGAGUAGCCUGAGUCAGAUGAAGGAGCUUUACGAGGUUGCUGAACCGUACGUGUCAAGUAACCCUAGAGAGGCUUUCUUUAAUUACAGAGAUAUCGAUGUUGGAAGCAAUCCGAGUGGUGAGACAAACGUUGAUGAAGCUAAGAUCUAUGGAUACAAGUAUUUCUUGGGGAACUUGAAGAGAUUGAUGGAUGUUAAAGCUAAGUAUGAUCCUGAGAAUUUCUUCAAGAACGAACAGAGCAUUCCUCCGGUUCGUGUAAUGUAGUGAUAUUACUGUUUUAUAAGAUUUACUUAUCAAGUUCAAUAAGCUAUGUGGGCAGGUGUAUAUAGCCUAUAUAUUGUUCUAUUAUUGUCUCAUUUGCAU